AUGUACCAGAAAAAAAUGGAGCUAGCUGUGGUUGUGGCGUUCUUUCGCCAACCGGACGACGUUACAAGCGUGUACCCGUCAGAAAGCGUGGUGAUGCGGUGCCUCAUCGGUGUUUGGGGCAAGAGCAAGGCUGCCGCGCUGGCAGAAGUCAUGAUGUACUGCGUGGCGCGGGCAGGCGCUUCAACGCGCAAGCAGAGUGAUUGGCGUGCGCGGAUCUCGAUGAAUGGGCGCCGGAAUUUUUCUGACGCUUUUGGGCUAGUUUGCAAAGCGAAUCCCCGUCUGAAAUUCGAUUACACCGAGCUGAUUUGUGAUGAGGAGCGCACACCGACCCAAGUAUACAACUUGGCGAGCGAGGAUGGUACACCACUGGUCAAGCCUCUUGAAAAGGGAGGGCUUCUUCGCUGGCACUUUGCUGACGGCACGAUGCACCCGUUUGGCACUGUGCUCUUCGACAUCAUCGUCCGCAACGCCUUUCAGAAGGGAGCUGGCGGGUCGGCUACGGUGGUGAAGGCGUACCACAUCGCCUAUCUGCUGUAUCUGGUUGAAUAUUCAGUCGUGCACCACAAGGCUCGUGGCAAACGCAUUCCAACGGAUGCGGAUGUCAAUGCAGCUGACAUUGCCAGCUACCACCGCAAGGUGAAGGCUGCCAUUCGCAAGACCCUCGAGGAGUCCCCGAAUGACCAGCUUCCUGCAUGGUCGGAGCAGUAUCAGGGGUGGGUGUUUGGACCCACCGAGACCGUGGUGAUCUCGGGCAGCGGCUUCCCCGACCUUGUUCCCGAUGGGGCUGACCCCGAUGCCACCGAGAAGAAGGAGGUUGCUCUCCUGUUCGAAUAUGCCCAGGUGGAGCCCGAGAAAGGCAAGAAGAAGAAGACGGGUUCCAACAGCAGUGAUGCCACCAUGGAGCGUGAUCUCCUGGAUGAUGUGGGUGAGUGGGAGGAUGCGGAGGAUAGUGUGUAG